AUGUCUCCUCCGUUAUUACACUACCUUCCUUCUGGGACCCUUCCUGAUCACUGCGAACCGACCUCGCUCUUCCUGACCGCCGUCUCCUCGCAUCUCCACAUCUGCAUCCCCACUCCUCUUGCCGCGAUCUCCUCCGUUCUUGGCACCCUCAGUAUAGUCUCGUGGCUCUUCGCACAAUUACCCCAGAUUUAUAAGAAUUUCCAAGUGCAAUCAACAUCAGGCUUAUCAAUAUUUUUCUUGGUAAUCUGGUGUCUUGGUGAUGCGAGCAACCUCGUUGGAGCAUUAUACACUCGGCAGGCAGGGUGGCAGGUCGUGGUUGCCAGUUAUUACGUCUUCGUUGACAUUGCUCUGGUAUUCCAGUUCUUCUGGUAUACCCAUUAUAAAGCUCGCCAAAAUGAUUCAUAUAACAGCCUGUCACACUCGCAUGGCUCGGCUCCUCGAGAUGUCAUUCAAGGCGUGCCUCCCCCAGGCGAUGACUUAGAUCAUCAGACCCCGGCUCCCGUCAACAUGGACAGAAAGUACUCCGAUUCCAAGGAUGUGGGUUUCCAUGCCGGGUCAGCACUCAACUCGACCCGUGGGCAAGCAGCCUCAUACUCAAAAGAGAAACUGAGCUCCUCUCGUCGAUCAGUGAGGAUGGGCAGCAGCGCGCAGAGCCUGCCAUUUGCACUGCCCCGGACGAUGCUCAUGGCAUCACUCCUCUGUGCUGUCCUCGCCAACGCUGCUCCCACCGAUAAGCCUCAUCCUCCCAUUUCUGAGGUACCGCGGGAGGCCAUCUUCGAGAUCGUCGGCCGCAUCUUCUCCUGGAUGUCAACAAUCUUGUAUCUCGGCUCGCGCCCCCCACAGCUAUACAAGAACUACCAGCGCAAGAGCACCGAAGGUCUCUCCCCACUGCUCUUCAUGGCGGCCUUCUGUGGGAAUCUAUUCUACUCCAGCUCGUUGCUCACCAACCCGAAUGCUUGGUACGAUUUCUCUCCAUUCGGUGGCGGCGGCUGGGCUGAUAGUCACGGCAAUGACCGAUUGGAAUGGAUCGGACGCGCUACUCCGUUCUUCCUGGGUGCCUUCGGUGUAUUGGGACUGGACGGGUUCAUGGGCGUCCAAUUUCUCAUGUAUGGCGACGGCCCAGACCGCGAGGAUGAUGAGAGUUUUAUCAGCGGCGAUGAGGAUGACCCAAAGCGCGGUCGUGGCCGCUGGAGACAAGUUCAUGGCUGGAUGCGCGGCUGGAUCCCAUCUUCUUCGCCUCGAAGGGUGUCUGCGGUCCCGUCAGAGGGACAAACUCUGUUGAGCGCAGAGCGCGGCCGAUACGGCACUGUUUGA